ACAGUGCCAGAUCCAGUCAAGAUCAGUUCCAACCAGCCCCAAACUGCCACGCCCAGUACUUCCACCAGCACUGUCCCAAAUAGCAAUGGCAAGCGUGCAUCUGCCAAUGGCCAGCAAGCAGCGGCCUCCCGUUAUCUGCCACGUGAGGUGCCUCCACGUUUCCGCCAGCAAGAACAGAAGCAACUUCUGAAGAGAGGACAGCCACUGCCUGCUGGGACACUGACCAGUGCUAAUACAGGACAGGAUACUGGGCAAACUGGGGCAAGCCCACCUCCACAGCAAGGGGCUGGUGGAGCUCACCAUCCCACAAAGACGCACUCUGAUCUCGGUUUUAGUGGUCUCAGCGACCAUUAUGAAAAUUCCUAUUGGGGGCCGCAGCCUACUAUCAGAGGUGAAACCAGUUAUAGCUGGGAUAAAGUGAUAAUAGACAGGACUGACAAGGAAGCGUGGCCUUCCAUUACAGGAACUGAGACUGAAUCUGCCUCAGAAUGUACUACAGACACUGAUUCCGCCUCCAACUGUGGCUCAGAGAAAAGUAGCAUGGCUACAACGAGUGCCCAAGGCACCUUCACUGGACAUACAAAGAAAUCGAAUGGCAAUAAUGGCACCAAUGGAGCACUCGUCCAAAGCACUUCUAACCAGAGUGCCCUUGGAGCUGGUGGAGCAAAUGGGAAUGGAAACUUAUCCAGAGUUUGGGGUGCACCUUCAGGCUCCAACUCUGGCACUGCUCACUGCUCCUCCAGUAGUGGUGAUGGAAAGGUGGACAGUAUAAUUGGAGAGAGUAGGAGUCAGAACUGCUGGGGUGCUUCCAACUCAAAUGCUGGCAUUAAUCUUAACCCUAAUGCCAACCCAGCUGCCUGGCCUGUCCUUGGACAUGAAGGAACUUUGAAUGGAGGUAAUCCUUCCAACAUCUGUAGUCCAGUCAGUGCCAUAGGCCAGAAUAUCGGCAACCAGAAUGGAAAUGCUGCAGGUACCUUAGGUGCUUGGAGAAAUUUGCAGUCACAAGAGAGCACAGAACCACAAACGUCCACUUCUCAGAAUGUGUCUUUCAGCAUACAACCUCAGAACCUUAACACUGAUGGACCAAAUAACACUAACCCCAUGAAUUCUUCACCAAACCCCAUUAAUGCAAUGCAGGCAAAUGGACUGCCCAACUGGGGAAUGGCUGUUGGAAUGGGGAGCAUCAUCCCACCCCACCUACAAAGCCUUCCUGGUGCUAAUGGUUCAGUUUCUCAAGUCAGUGGGGUUGGUGACAGCACGGGCAGUUCAGUGUGGGGUUUAUCACCUGGUGGCCCUGCUCCUGGAAACAGCAGUUCUGGGUUCAGUCAGGAAACUGGAGAUAAUUCUAGUACAGCUGUAAGUGCUAAACAAAAUGGAGGGCAAAAAGAUGGAACUGUAGUGAAUGCCUGGGAUUCAGGACCACCUACCAGUCCAGGAGUCUUAGCUUGGGGUAGGGGUAGAAGCAAUGGUGGAAAUAUGCAUUCUGGACCUUGGGGUCAGCCAAGUCGUGGCACAAACAACAGCAUGAAUGGUGAAUGGGGAAAGUCUCAAAACCAGCAUUCCAGUAAUGACAUCAGUGGAAAAGGGUCAACAGGGUGGGACAGUUCUAGUAUUACCAUUCAGAAUUCUCCACAGCAAGGAGGUGAUCAAAUGAAUUCUAGGGCCAAAUCUGCAUCUAAUGACAGAGGUAGUGACAAUGCUGGAAAUCCAAAUGAAGGAAGAGGGGGAGAAGGUCAGCGUGGGGACAAAGGAAUGGCAGAUCAGGGGCAGAUGCAAUUGCCAAGACAAGACCUUGAUCCAAGGGUCCUCUCCAACACAGGUUGGGGACAGGUUCCAGUUAAACAAAAUAUAGCAUGGGAAUUUGAUGAAUUUCAGAGGCCUGAAAGAAAAAAUAUUGGGACAGAAGCUUGGGGAUGUACAAAUGCGCAGCCUUCAAACUCAGGGGGGAAGAGUGAAGGGUCCAUGAUGAACAGUACAAAUACCUCUACAGUAUCAGGAUGGGUCAACUCCCAACCUUUAUCUGCUUCUGUUAAUGCAGGCUGGGUGGAAAACAAAGCGCCAAAUGGUCCAGGGGGAUGGGGAGAUCCUGCAAGCUCUACUGUUGUCAAUGCUGCUGCCAAAAGUGGUCACGCUUGGAGCGGGUCUGCUAAUCAGGAGGAGAAAUCUCCUACAUGGAACGAGUCUCAUAAAUCCAAACCCCAAGGCUGGGUAGAUGGGCAGAAACCUAAUACUGGCUGGACAGCAGGUGGUGGAGACUGGAAUGAUAUGCCACCUGUUCCAGCACAUAUUACUGAUGGAAAGAAAAAUGGAACAGGGUGGGACACGGAUGGCAAAUCUGCAACAGGGUGGAAUGAAAAUACACGGUCUGGGACCAGUGGGUGGGGCAAUGGCACAAGCACCAAGGCUAAUUCGGGUACAGGUUGGGGGGAACCUUUGAAAUCUCCUCAGCAGAACUGGGCCAGCAAACCCCAGGAUGUGAGUGGUUGGGGAGGAGCUGCAACUGUAAAGCAGAGUGGAUCGGGGUGGAGUGGAGGACAAGCGCCAGCCCCACCACCACCACCACCACCACCACCACCAGCUAAACAGAAGGACAUAAACUCUGAACCCAGUGGUUGGGAAGAACCUUCACCACCGUCCAUUCGCCGAAAAAUGGAAAUUGAUGAUGGUACCUCAGCUUGGGGAGACCCAAGCAAUUACAACAGUAAAACUGUAAACAUGUGGGAUAGGAACAGCACAGUAGUUCCAACUAUUCCCUCAGCUAACAACAACACCACCCCAAUUACUCCCUCAAAUGCCAGUUUGGUUGAACCUCAGCCACCUCAUCAGUCAAGUGCCCAGCAGAAUCGAUCCCCACUACUUGGUCCAGGCUGGGGAGAUAUGCCUCCUGUCCACUCAAAGGCCGAAAACCCUUGGGGGGAGCCCCCAUCUCCGUCUGCUUCAGUUGACAAGGCACUUCUCUGCAUGGGGAAAAGCCCUCCAAUAGUGGUUCAGGAUGGGCGCGGAUGGUGCUUCAGAAUCAUCUGGAAAUUAUGGCAGGACAAACGCUCCAGCUGCUGCCCCUGCGCUGUGCAAACCAGCUCAAAAAUCUAUGCAAGAAGGCUGGAGUAGUGGAGGAGAAGAAAGUUGGCCUCAGCCAGUGGGAGGAUGAAGAAAGUGAUAUGUGGAAUAAUGCUGCUUCCCAAGAUAGUAAUUCUUCUUGCAAUUCUUGGGGCAAUGGCCCCAAGAAAGGACUUUCCAAGGGCAUGAAGACUCCAAACAAGUCUGAUGAGGCCUGGAUCAUGACUCGACUGACUAAACAGCUCACUGACAUGGGCUUCCCGAAAGAGCCUGCUGAAGAGGCCUUGAAAAGUAACAAUAUGAAUCUGGACCAGGCCAUGAGUGCUCUACUGGAAAAGAAGGUGGAAAUGGACAAGCGUGGAUUGGGAAUGGCGGACUACAAUGCAGUUGUCGCCAAGCCCUUGAGCUGCCGCCCACCACCAAUCUCCAAAGAGUCUUCCAUGGACCGCCCCACUUUCUUAGACAAGGAUGGCGGCCUAGUGGAAGAGCCCACUACUUCACCAUUUUUGCCUUCACCAAGCCUGAAGCUCCCCCAUCCCAACAGUGCACUCCCUAAUCAAGCCCUUGGUGGCAUGACACCAGGCCUAAACAUGCAGAACUUGAAUUCCUCUAGACAGUUACAGAGUGGCAAUCUGGGUAUGUUUGGCAAUAGUGGAGCAGCACAAGCCAGGUCCAUGCAACAGCCACAGCAGCCACCAGUGCAACCUCUCAACUCAUCCCAGCCUAGUCUUCGUGCUCAAGUGCCUCAGUUUUUAUCCCCUCAGGUUCAAGCACAGCUUUUGCAGUUUGCAGCAAAAAACAUUGGUCUCAACCCUGCACUAUUAACCUCGCCAAUUAAUCCUCAGCAUAUGACCAUGUUGAACCAGCUCUAUCAGCUGCAGUUGGCGUAUCAGCGUUUACAACUCCAGCAGCAGAUGUUACAGGCUCAGCGUAAUGUUUCCGGACCCAUGAGGCAACAGGAGCAGCAAGUUGCACGUACAAUCAAUAACAUGCAGCAGCAGAUACAGCAACAUCAGCGCCAGCUGGCCCAGGCUCUACUUUUGAAGCAACAGACUCCCCCUCCACAUCCACCAUUGCAUCCUCCUGCAGGCAAGUCAUCUCUGGACAGCUUCUCACCCCAUAAUCCAGGUCCAAGCCUGUCUGACCUGCACACCAAAGAACAGCAGUCUUCUUCAAAUACUUUCUCUCCUUACCCGAUUGUUCCUGGAAUAAAUCCUGCUAUGAAUGUAAGCAGCAUGGACAUGGCUGGGGGUUUGUCAGUGAAGGAUACAUCCCAGUCUCAGUCUCGUCUGCCACAAUGGACUCAUCCCAACUCCAUGGAUAGCCUGGCAAAUUCUGCUUCUCUUGAUCCUAGUCCUGGCAAGUCAACUGCUCUUCCUGGGAGUCUUGGCAUUGGCCCUCCUGCAAAGUCCAGUAUGGAUGACUCCUACAAUCGGUACGAUCUUCUCCCAAACAGUGAAUCACCAACAAGUCCUCCUGUUCCUGUUCCAGACAGCUGGUCACGUGCCAAAUCUGAGAACGACAAAAUCUCCAAUGGGUCCAGUAUCAACUGGCCUCCUGAAUUUCACCCAGGAGUGCCUUGGAAAGGACUGCAAAACAUUGACCCUGAGAAUGAUCCGGAUGUGACCCCAGGAAGUGUUCCUACUGGGCCCACCAUUAAUACCACAAUCCAGGAUGUCAACCGUUAUCUGUUGAAAAGUGGAGCUAAACUAUCUGAUAUAAAGUCCACUUGGUCAUCCAGCCCUAUUUCCCACACUCAAGCAUCGUUGUCUCAUGAGCUGUGGAAGGUACCGAGAAACACUACAGCCCCAACCAGACCGCCACCUGGUCUAACCAAUGCCAAACCCUCUUCUGCCUGGGGCUCAAAUCAACUGGGCUGGACCAGCUCCUAUUCGACAGGUUCCACCUGGAGCACAGAUAGUUCAGGAAGAACAAGUAGCUGGCUGGUCCUGCGUAACCUCACUCCACAGAUUGAUGGCUCCACAUUGAGAACGCUGUGUCUUCAACAUGGCCCACUGAUAACAUUCCACCUGAACCUUACUCAAGGCAAUGCAGUGGUCAGGUACAGCUCAAAGGAGGAGGCUGCCAAGGCACAGAAGUCUCUACAUAUGUGUGUCCUGGGUAACACUACUAUUCUGGCAGAAUUCGCUGGUGAAGAAGAAGUAAACCGUUUUUCUUGGCACAAGGGCAACCUAUGCCCCCGACUUCCAGUUGGCAGUCUAACACUGGGAAUAGUCAGCCCCGGCUGGGUGGCAACGGGGGCUCACACACCAUGGUUCGCAAUGAUGCUGCUCACUGGAAUCCUCCUUGUUUGAGUGCCAAGGGAGGCAAUGAUCUUCUGUGGGGUGGAGUCCCGCAGUAUUCCAGCAGCUUGUGGGGCCCACCUGGAUCAGAUGAUGCCAGGAUAAUUCGCAGUCCAACACCUCUCAAUACUCUGUUACCAGGAGAUUUGCUGAGCGGGGAAUCCAUUUGA